AUGGGGCUCCCCCCGUUACCUGCCACCGGCCCCGCCGUCAGCGCGCGGCCCCGCGCACGCGCGGUGGGCGGGAGCGGCGUUGCGCGUGCGCCGGGAGCGCGGGUUUGUUUUGUAACGUCCCGGCGGGCUGAGGCGGGAGCGGCGGCGGCGCUGAGGAGGGGGAGGCAGCGCCGGGAAGACCUCACUAACUCGGUCGGGGCUUAUUUGUCUGGUGUAAAUUUCGACACUUGCCUGGUAAUGAAACCUUGCCACACAUCUUCCAAUAAAAUGGGGAAACCAACUGGUGGAAGAUCAGCAAAAAAUCCUUUGAAGCCACAAAAUCAACAAGGGCCUUCUAGGAAAAAAAAGGGAACAGAUGAACAAGAAAGAAAGCAAAGUAAAAAAAAGCAGCAGGUCCGUCAGACAGUCAGAAGGGAAGUUAAGGAACUGAAGGACUGUUCUCCUGCAGGAGGAAAUGGUUCUUCAAAAACAGUGAAGUUGUCCAGUGCUGCAAUAGGAUCUUGGCAGCCUCUCUCAGAGAGCAGUAGGCUGUUCCUGGAAAAUAUAAUGGAUUCAGUAGUACUAUCUGUUUUGUCCCAACAGAGGGAGGGAAAAGAUGAUGUUCAGAAGCACCUCAAUGUACUGAAAGAAAGGGUGCUGAGAAGUGUCAAGACUUUAAAGGUGCCUCCAGGGAAGCUGGACAACCUGAAGAAUAUCUCAAGCCUUCAAAUGGCAGAGAAACAAAUGCUUGAGACAAAUGAGGAGUGUUUGCUACAACUGGAGGAGGAAAUAACUGAAGCGGAGAGAUCAGCAGAGCGCAUUGAGGAAAAUACUCAGCAGCUGCAGUACAAAAUCCAGGUGCUCAAGAACCAGUUAGAGAAAGAAGAAAAAGAGGCCAAGAAGGUAUUCCAGGAAAAUGGCAGGGGAGCACUCCGCCUCCCAGAACUCCCCAAGCACAGUUUGCAGGCACCCACUUUGCAGGAGGAAAUUUUGAAGGUAAAGAAUCAGAAGGGCCUUUUAAAGGAUUUGAAUGCUAUUCAGCAAUCUGCUGACUUGAAGAACUUGUUAACCCUUGUUGAAAAGACCUAUGAGAAGGUGGAUUUGCUUUGAGAAGCCAAAAUGUGUGAAGUCUCCAUGCUGAGUUUGGAAUCUGCUUUCUUUCUAAUGGGCUUCCUUUUGUGACUGCUGAAUUUCUGUUAAAACAUUUUCUGUUUACAUUGGUAUAGAAAUCUGUACAUACAUUUUGGGACUCGAGAUUUAAGUCAUUUGUCAAGGUUUUUUUGGGUUUUUUUGAACUGUGAUGGCAUCUAAUAAUGAUAUAUCCUGUCUUAGGAGAAGGGAGGGAAAUGGAUGCUGGUGUUUUUACAGAAUAAGGGAACUGUUCCAUUGAUUUGCACUUCUAUAUCUGUAAAUCACUGAAGGCAGUGCCUUUUACCAAAGUAGAUUUAUCACGGGUUUAAUCCUUAAACAGGUAGUAAAAAUAAACUUAUCUAAUAAUCAGUUGUAAAUACCCUGUUCAAUUUAUUAUUUUUUAAUAUAGAGCUCUCAGUUAAAAUCGAAAAAUUUUUAUCAAAUGUACAAAAUUGUUUUUAUGUUUUCAUUACUUAAUACAUAAAAACAACAUCAAGUACUUUCUCAGGUUCAAUUAGCUGCUGGAAGAUAGCAGUGCUCUUUACAAUGACUUACCUCAUAAACUUGUUUUUCUGUUUAAAAGCUACUGCUACUCUUAAUGAGACAAAACCUAAUUAUCUCUCUUCCAUGAGGGCUUGAAAGCCUCUCUGGAGUUAGAAUAAUGGAAUAUCUCAAGUUGGAAUGAACCUAUAGUGCUCUCUGAGUCCAGCUCUCUACACCUCACAGAAUUGCCUAAACCAUGUAGGAUCAGGAAAACCAAGGUGCUUGCUUUACACUGAAUUACAGGUAAAGGAAUAUAAUUAUUUAGAAUAUUUCUCAAAUUUGUGAUCACUUGACAAGGGAAGCAUAUACUGAUAUAACAAUUACACCAAAAUAAUUUAAUCCAGAGUGUUGGUUAAAGAUUUUCCUGCAUGCCAGGAAAAGGUUAAGUAAAGAUAUACUCCUUUGCUUUCAUUAAGGGUGAUUUACUGUGUGGGUUUUGAACUUCCUGAACCACAUAGAGUUCUUUUCCUUUUAAAAUUUUUUUAUUUUGAAAA